GGACAUAAAUAAAAGACGUACCGCCGUACUUCCUGUUUUGUUUUUUCGUUCUCUCCGGUCCACUCGGGUCGGGUAGAUAUGGAAGAAUUCUCAGGUCGAGGAGACAACGACAGCCUGCCCGUGAAGAAACGCGCUGUCCUCAGACACCGGUGGACCGUAUAAACCAAACGGAAGCAGCGGGCAGCAGCAACACCCGCCGCGGGGCUUCCGGCGUCCUCUCCCCGUACUCUGGUGUCCGCGACAUGGCACUCAGCUCCGGCGGCUGGGCUCCCCCAGCCCCGGUGCCUGCCUCGUCCCAACAGGCUGCGUGCGGCGGUCCCGCGCUGACGUCGUGCUGCAGCACCGUUUUAAUGUCGGUCCGGGUCUCGGUGUGCCACUCCGGGAUCCGGCCCCUGUGCCUCCCCGGAGCGGGCAGCGAGGCUCUGCGCCUCCAGCUCAGCAUGGACCCGAGCCGGGCCGGAGAGUUCCGACUGGCGCUGCGAGACACGAGCGGAAACCGCAGUGUGUUCAUCGCAGAGUUUGACCUUCGCUCGGUGCAGUACGAGGUCAAAUCUCCUCGCUGCCACGAGAUGCGUCUCGCCGCGCCGCCCCACGACUGCAUCCGCUUCAACUUCCGCUGCGACCGCGAAGCCGAGGAGUGGGCCACGGUGGUGAUGUCCUCCCUGAGGGAGGCACACAGAGUUGCAAACAUCAACACGUGUGAAUCAGAAGCCAGACUCAACGACGCGGCGGCCACGGAGCAGCGGAGCUCGGCCUCGCUGCCGCUCACCGAGGAGCUCUGCUUGGAGCUCGCCAGGGCGAUUGAAGCCGGUGACGCUCGGGCCGCCUCGCAGCACGCGUCCGCUCUGGCUCGGCAGAAAGCGGCGCUGACGGUGCAGCUGUCCGAAAAGAACUACGCGGAGGGAGCCAUCGGUUUAUCCGUGGUCGUGGAGGACGUGUCGUCGUCUUGUUGCGUCACCGUGAAAGUCUUUCCUUUCAUGACCGUGGCCGCCCUCAAGCAACAGGUGUUCCUCGAGUACGGUUUCCAUCCUCGCGUGCAGCGCUGGGUGAUCGGUCAGUGCUUGUGCACCGAGCCGAGGUCGCUGGCCUCCUACGGGGUGCAGAAGGACGGCGACACGGCGUACCUCUACCUGAUCUCCGCCCGGCAGGCCCGCGUCACCCGCCAGCUGUUCCAGCAGGACCUGGAGAGCGCCCUCCUCGCCCCGCCUCUCCCUUCGGGCAACGGCCCCACCUCCCAGGACUGGAGGGGUUACAGCACCCUGCCCUCCAGGCUGGCCCACAACAACCAGGGGAGCACAGGGGGAGGAAGCGACCGACCGGCUGAUUUAAAAGAUGUCCUCGACAUUGAGAAUCUGCAGCUGAAUGAUCAUACCAAUAAAGCCAGUAAAGCACAGCAGACUGAGUGGGCGUGUCCCUCAUGCACUUUCAUCAACAAGCCGUCCCGUCCAGGCUGCGAAAUCUGUGCCACGGCCAGACCGGACGCGCACAUCCAGCAGGAGAGAGGGAGGCGAGAGGAUCGAGGAGAGUCCGGUUUAAGCAGCAGCAGCAACAGCAGCAGCAGCUGACUGCCCCACCGUCACUUGUCGGGUCGACCAUGUCUCACUCACACACACACACACAAACACAGAGUGAGGAUGCUAAAGAAGAAAAUACUCCCAUAAAGACUGUCGAGUGCACUGAGUCCUGUAGCAUGACGCAGAGCUGCACGGGUCGAAGGCUCAGACGAUGGACUGCAGACCGAGAGCUUCAGCUUUGACCGGUUACGAGGAAAAAAACAAACAUCCAUCUGAAUUGGGCCAGACCUGCUUUUGUUAUUUAUUUUACAGGUUUUGUGUGUGUGUGUGUGUGUGCUCAAACGUGACAGACAACCUAAUAUUUAUUUUUAGGCGAGAGAGAUGAAGUUUCCUUCCUGCAUUCGCAGCUGAAGUCGAGGGAAUGUCAUACUUUCCGUUUCCGUCUACAGUGAAGCGAGAGGAGCGGUGACGCCGUGUGCAAUACCCCGUUGUGUUUUAGUGUCAUCUGCCAAAAUAAUGUUGGCGGCGCGAAAAGGAAGAAAUAAGGCGUUGGCUGACGAGAGACGGUGUUGAGUUUACAGGGUUGUCAAGUGCUUUUAUUUUUUUAUAACAUUGUAUCGAGUGUAUUGUUUUUGACGAGAUGCGUUGAGUACUUAAUGUUCAUUUUACCAGUUUCUCUAGUUUUACUCAAUUCCCUGUGAGCUGUGCCAGCAAUGGAAUGAUGUUUUCAGUAUGUAUUACUGUAAAAACUUUCAUCAGCCAAAUAAACAUAAUGGAAAAUAACA